AAUUGUGGAUGUGGAAUGUGUUUUGUAUUGUGAGUGAAUGGUGGCUGUAGAAUAGAAAUCGUAAAAUCUGUAGUUGUCAUGUGGUUAUGUGCGCGUGUCGUUAGAUAAGCAACCGUGUACUGUGAUAGGGGUGUUGCGACGAUCCACCACUGUGGAAUGGUUCCGGAGUGUUGGCGGUGUCUUGUGAAUUUGAGAGGUUGAGGUGAGCUCAGCACGAUGGGGAAGCUACUAUCGAAGAUCUUCGGUAACAAGGAGAUGAGGAUAUUGAUGCUGGGGCUCGAUGCUGCCGGAAAGACUACUAUUUUAUAUAAGUUAAAAUUAGGUCAGUCAGUCACAACGAUACCGACAGUCGGUUUCAACGUUGAAACCGUCACGUAUAAGAAUGUCAAAUUCAAUGUAUGGGACGUUGGGGGGCAGGACAAGAUACGACCGUUAUGGAGGCAUUAUUACACAGGUACGCAGGGUCUGAUAUUCGUCGUGGACUGCGCUGACCGCGACCGCAUCGACGAGGCGCGGCAGGAGUUGCACCGGAUCAUAAACGAUCGCGAGAUGCGCGAUGCGAUCAUACUCAUAUUCGCCAAUAAGCAGGACUUGCCUGACGCGAUGAAGCCACACGAGAUACAGGAGAAGCUCGGGCUGACGCGUAUCCGCGACCGCAACUGGUAUGUGCAGCCGUCAUGCGCCACGUCGGGCGACGGGCUGUACGAGGGGCUCACGUGGCUCACCAGCAACCACAAGUUAUGAGCUGCGGAGUAGGCGGCGCCGCGCCGCCACGCUCCCUAACACGAUGAGGAUGCCAUUUAAUUUAAGUAAGCUGCGCCCAUGCCGUCGGAUAUAGUAACCUGGUGUACCAGUGCGGAUUUAUUGGACAUUGACUCUAACAUAUACAAUGUGGAAGGUGCGUCCACUGGACUUUGCGAGUGCGAGACAUUACAACUGUUAGUUAGAUAAACAAGUGAAUUUGUCACACAAAACGAAAAAUCGUCUAUUCCAUUAUUUAAUUAAAAUAGAGUUUUGUUGUAACGAAAUAUUUUGAUUAUUAUUUUUUUAUGUUAUUUAAAAAGGAAAUGAUUACGUAGAGUAAAUGAUUUUUUAUUAUUCGUAUUAUAUUAUGAGUAUUAUAAAAGAAAAUUAAUUUAAUGUUUACCUCCUUUUUUGUAUGAUAGUAAGGUAGAAAGAAAUUCGAAGUUUCUCAAGCAUUAUAGUAAUCAAUUGAUUAAAUUAAGAAUCGAGGAUGUGUGAAAGGUGUAUUGAUUAUUAAAGUAUACAUAAAAAGCAAUAACGAGUUGCACGCCUGCGUAUUUAGCGAAUUGUAUCAUAGCUUGAUUUGUAACACAUUCUGUGGGUGAUAACGAAAAUAAUUAAAACAAAGUUAUUAUUGUAAUCUGUACUCUUUUAAUUUACGUAACAAUGCUACGGGUCCCACAACACACAGGUACGUACUUUAAUUUUGUAAAUAUACAACUUCAGGUAACCCUCAUGCUCGUUUGCUUCACUUCUAUAUUAAAAAAAAGUGAAUUGUCAAAUUAAGUGACAUUAGACAUUAUCAGUGUGGUCAACACAAUAAAUAAUAUUUUGUAAUAAUUGUUGAACAAUGAAAUAAUAAUAAUUUAUCUCAUUUAAAUCUUCCGUUUGCUGUGCUGAAGGUACUCACGGAUAGAAAAACAGGGCGGCGAAGGAUUUGUGCAUUUCAGUUGGAGUCUACAAAUAUUUUGCCCGUGCCAUAUAUUAGUUUGUUUUCUUUUACCGAUAUACAGGGCGAUUUUGCAAUAACCGGCCAAAUUUGCAGAGAAGGUCCAGAAUAUGUAAAAAGUAUAGGCGAAUGGUGAAGAAAAAUUAAUUAAAAAAAAUCUUAAACAUUGUGUCCUUUUUAUCUUUUAAAUUCAAAAUCCGUGGUAAUGCACUACUUUAACUGCGUCCGCACACAUUUUUAAGGGUAAAAGUAGAAGCCUUAUUUACUCGUAUUUUCAAAAACUGCAUUAACGGUAUGCCAUUAUUUAUAUAUUUGAACUUAUGUUUAAAAUUUGACUAGUUAUUGAAAAAUAACCUUGUAUUUAGAGCAACAAUUAUUAAUCAUGAUGCUGUGACGCUAAACAUAAAAACGUUCAAUUUUUUAAAUUAACAUUUUUUUGAACUAUUAAAUGUGACAGUGGAUGCUAAGAUUGGAUUAUGAAUUAUAAUAUUUAGGUAAUAUUUUAUAGGGACCAUUUCUGAUUUUUCUGCAAAUAGUGGUAGGACUAGUUCACAUUGGAGCAUGUUUAUUAUGUACAUAAUUUGCACAAAAGGUGAUAUUUGCUGCUAAAGUUGAUUGUUUGCUGCUAAAGUUGAUUGUUUGUUACGAAAUGGCAUUUUAAGAGAUUUAAUGUCAUAAUGAGAGAAGUGUUUGUUAGCUUUAUAUACCCCGGCGUGUAUUCACCUUGAUGUAUAACUGUUACGCUUUUUUGUUUUUUUAUUCAAUAAUAAAUAUUACAAUUAUACUUUUGAUACAUGGUUUUUCAUCACAUUCAUACAUUCCACCAUGAAGCAAAUUUACUUUCGUAUAGAGUAUGUAAGAAGUCAAAUUUAUUAAUUUUUAUCAUAUUUCCGAAGUAAGGUAGUUUUAGAUGUACAGAUAAUAAGAGAACAAAUUUCUCUACCGUUAAAACACAAGUGUUAGAUUUUAUUUCAAAAGUCUAGCCACAAUUGUAAUACCAUAGACACACUUUGUAAAAGUCUGUGUCAGCAACAUAUAAUUGUCGCAAUCUAUAUGCAGUAAAUAUUAAAAAAGACAAGAAAAUUAGUUUUCAGUAAUAAAAAGUCUGUACACUAUAUUUAAAAAAGUUAUGGAACCCUAAAAAAUGAAAAAAUUCACUUAAAAUUUUUAUAUAACCUUGAAACAUAACGAGCUGAUAAUCUUUAAACGACAGAACAGAUUUUCUUGAAACAGCUAAGAACACUCCAUUAAGACCUUUCAAACGAAAAAAAAACUAAAUCAAAUUCGGAUUCAUCCGUUCAGGAGCUACUUACUAAUACAAACUUAUAACACCUCUAUGUUUUCGUCGGGGGUUAAAAAACAAUAAAAUAUAAUAUUAUAGUAUUUUUUUUAAGAAAUAAAAAUUAUUAAUUGAAGAUGAAAUUGAUAGAAAUUAAAAGAUAAUUAUAAUUACCGUGGACUCUCGAUAAAACUUGUAUUAUAAAAAUUACCAUCCAAGAGCAUAGCUCAAUUACUUAAUUUAAAUAAAGAAAAACUAAAAAAAAUAAUAGAUAUUUAUAAUUAAAAAAUACCUCGUGUUAAUGUAAGAUAGGAACUUCAAUGGUGCUUACUUACCAUUUUGAUUUAUAUAAAUGCACUCCGUUUAGGUAAAUGAGGAACUUAGGUUUGUUUUUUACAAGCACUUUUUUAAAUAAAAGUAGGGAGGCUUUUUAUUACAGUGAGGCAAUGGAGUCUCUUAUUUUGCAGCAAGAAUACCUUUUAACCAAUACACAGAAGUAGUGACAGGUAUGCAGAUAUGAAAAAUUAAAUCAUCUUACCAUAAUAUAAUAAUAUAAUUAAACAGUACUAUACAAUACAAAUGCCACUAUAGUAAAUGUAUACUAACCUCAUGUUAACCGUCAUUUAGCAUAUAUUGGCCCAUAAACUUCACCGUCAGUGGAGUCCGAUGGUUAAUGACAUCAUCACUAUAAUGUUGGUAAUAUAAAUAUUUCGUAGUGCAGAUCUUUGUUAUCAACCCUAGUAAACACACAGACAUAGACUAGUAAACAGGUAGUUAAGGACUGUAAUACCAGUAGUCGUACACUUCAUAUUAAGAAAGCUGAGUGAUGACCUGAUCGUUGGAUUCAGGUGGCUUAGGACCGCGUUUUGUGGCAUUCCUUGGGGGAGGCCUAGGUUCAGCAGUGAACUUGUGAAGGACAGUAACGAUGACUAAAGGAAUAUGGCUAUUUUAAUGGAAUAUUAGUGAAACAAAAAACUUUAAUACAAAGAAAUUUUAAAUAAGUAUACGCUGAACUCUAUUGCCAUCUCGCUUGCCAAGCGUGGCAACUAUGAGGGAGGCCUAUGUUCAGCAGUGAACUUUAAUAGGCUGUAAUGGUAACGGUAAAUAACAUUUACAUUUAUAUCCAUUCGGGCAUGUUCGACCAUAGGCCACGGAUCUCCGUCAAAGCGCACGUAACCAUAGGAUUAGAUUAGGGUAAAUGAAAAAUAAUUAAAAGUCCGGUAACAGUAAUAUUUGUAGGUAUUACUAAAUACGUUUAAAAACAUUUAAAGAUUACUUGGAGUGGUUAACAGAAGUAUGAAUGUUAAUAGCAUUAUAAGCACUUAUGCUAUGAAAAAAAUUGCCGAAGAUCAAAUUAAAUUUUUUUGCAUUACAUUGAGUGUUCAUCGAAAGAACUACAGACGAAAAUUGAUAUUUUUUUAAAGUUCUGCCAUACAUUCAUACCAUUACUACAACAAAAUAAUGAUAGUCUAUAUCCAGACAAAAUUAAUUGGGUACUUAACACCAAUACUAAUUGAAAUAAUUUUUUGAGCUGUGAUUAUAUUAUAGUCUGGUUGCUAUAAAAAAUUAUAUGAAAAUAAAUUUUAUGACGUCAUAUUUUUCAUGUGUUUUAUUCAAUAUUUUUCUGUGGUUUGCAAGUUCAAUCAAACAGUCAUCAUAUUUGUAUAUAAGUAAAGUUUUUAAGGAUAAAAACCUAACUUUUCCUAAAAUAAAAAAGUGACCAUGUUUUAGAUAUAGCUAAAUGUAGCAAAUUCAAAAAUUUUAUUAGAAUUUUUGAAGUUAAAACUUCUUUAGCCGCGUUGAGCGAUUUUCGGUAGGGGAAAAACUUAUGGAUUCGCGUCACCGAUGACCUCGACAUGCUCGUGAAGUAUGUACUAGGCGCUGCUAAUCUGGCUCUAGCCAGACUAGCGACGCGUAGUACAGCGGCUUGCGUACAUGUAUACGCAUAUCAUUCAGAUUUCACUUCUAUCGGCGGUCCUUAUGACUGCCUCUGUUUUUUUUUUAUUAAUGAUGGUGUCAACUACCCAGUUAUAGUAAUAUAAUAAACUUAUUUUGUUACCCUAAAAUUGAUUUGUUAUAACAUAACAAAAAGUAAUAAUAAAGCUCACGAGAUAAUUUCGAGUUCAACCUCAAUAUUCACAAUACCAAAAUUUGUGUAACAUUCUAGGCUUAAAUUUUGACAUUGCAAAGAGAUUAAACUUGAGAAUGUCUUCGAUUCCGGUCAAGAUCCCAUUCACUUGAGCCUUAGUGAUGCUAGUGUUGCACUAUAAUUCCUAAUAAAAUGUAAACACCGUGCUAUGUUUGUUUACAAUUAUAAGCAACUGCUUACAUCGCUAAUGUUCUUAUGAAAUCAAAUUUAGCUUAUUAUGAAUAGUAUUAAGGUAUAACCUAUCCAUAUAAUAAAGAAUUUAAGUACCAAGAAAUUGUUCAAAGUGCAAUUAAAAUACAUGAUAAUCAUGCAGCGUUUGUGACCUAAGAAUGUGUUGAUAUAAGUUGUUUGAUUUAAAUUUUGUUAUAUUUGUACUAUUCCAGGAUGUAUUAGUGAGUUCGGAUCUGAUGUAAUAUUAUUGUGGCAAAGUUAUUCAAUAUAAAUUCACACCAUU